CCAAGUCCACCGUGACAAACAUUCGAGCCCUCACAUCCACCUUCACGUCUCGUUUUCCAUCCGCUCCGCCACAAUGAGGAAAAAGGGGAGAUUCCAUUCGCUCAAGAAGCUGAGGCCCCGCCAGGAUUGGUCACGAUGGUCGUUGUACAGUAUUUCCCAAUUGAAGCCUCCUAUCACCAGCCCCAAAACCUUCUUCCAGCAGAAGUGGACCGCCAAAUCCCUUACCCGCGCAUACCACGGCGAACAGAUUCGAGAGAAAGUAUGGAAGCGCAUGUUCAAGAGGAAUCUGCCUGCCGUGGUGUCCAUGGACUACAAAUACCUCGCUCGGAACGAUGGCUCUGAACAGGCUGCUGGCCGUGGUGCAGGAGCCGAGGGUCCUAAAGCACCCAAGAACCCUCCCAUGACACCUUAUAUGCAGAUGACAUAUUAUCCCAUCGAAAGACGUCUGGACUCCGCUAUCUUCCGGUCUCUGUUUGCAAGCAGUGCCAGGCAAGCAAGACAGUUUUGUGUUCAUGGCUUGGUCAAGGUGAACGGCAAAAAGAUGGUAUAUCCUGGAUAUAUGCUCAACCCCGGAGACCUCUUUCAAGUUGAACCCUCAAGCGUCAUGUACGCCACUGGUGCCCCCAAGACGCGAUCCUCAACCGCAAGAAGAAUCGCCAAGGAGAAGUCCACAGCGCGCGCCGACGAGUGGAACGAAAAGUCAAAGGUCAACCCGCCCACAACAGAGCUGAUUCAAUCCACCAAUCGCGAGGAGCCAACUGCCGCCGAGUUGAAGACCCACAUGCAAUCGCUCAUGAAGGAUGUUGAGGAUGUGCUGAACGAAGACGUUAGCGCCAAAGACAAGCAAAAAUUCCGAGGCCUGCGCCAACAAAUCCGAAAGUCCAUCUCGCUGUGGAAAACGGCGAACCCGGAAACCAUAUCCACGCUAGAUUCGCAAUUCGACUUCCUCAAAAACGCCAUCAGGGCGCGUUCCGCCGAACUGGAGGCUACGACUCCGACCACAACAGAUGCCGAAUCCACAACACUAAUGUCGUCCGAAGACCAGCAGAAACUCAAGCAAGCCUUCGAGAAGCUCAAGUUGGAGACAGAACACACAUCAGAGUGGAACAAGCGCAACGCCGCGGCGCCAUACGCGACGCCCUGGAGACCUCGAGACUAUAUGUCGGCGUUCGCCUUCAUCCCUCGUUAUCUAGAAGUCAACCAGAAUAUCUGCGCUGCUGUGUAUCUUAGACAUCCCGUGGCUAGGCCUGGCUUGGCUGAGGUGCCGACACCGUUCCACCUGGAGACUGGACAGCUGGCAUUCAACUGGUACUUGAGGAGAAGAUAG